CAGCAAUGCAAUCCAAGUCGAAUUUCCAAACUUGGUUAAAAAGAUUGUAAAUAUUUGAUGGAGCUCUAGUAAAUGACGUUCUAAAAAGCAUAAAUAAAUUAUGCAAUAAAGCAUCAAUCGAGUACAUAUUAUUACUCCAAUGACUAUAGCCUUGAUAAAUAUAUUUUUCCCUUCGACAAAAUUAAAAACUUGUUUUUAUUCUUCCUGUUUUUCAAAGUGGCGUGUUUUUCGAUCAAAAUAAUAAUAAUCGAUUGCCCAUUCGGGCACCUGCUUUUCAUGCGUGUGCAUCGCUGAAGAGAAGUCUCUCUGCUGCUGCCACGAUGUCGGACAGCAUGGAUAAGUGGGAAAUAUUUCAGGAUCUGAGCGAUGAGCUGAAGCGCAACAUCAGGCUUGCAGUCGUAUUGCGAGGCAGCGCAAUUUACGUGACGAAAGAUGACGAAGUUUUCGGAUUUGGCCAAAACGAAGAAGGAUUUCUUGGUACUGGCGACAGGACACCACGCACAGAGCAUACAAAAAUUAAACAAUUGUGCGGUCAAAACAUCCAAGGGUUGCAAUUCUCAAACUGUACGUUUUUCGCGAUUUCUGCUUCCGGCUCUGUUUUCUCCUGGGGAAAUAAUGAUUUUGGCCAGCUUGGACUGGGUACGACACAAGAAACCUUGAUUCCAACCAAAAUAGAAGAAGGAAUGUUGGGAAUAAAAAGGGUCCAGCAAGUGGCCUGCAGCUCUCUCCAUACUUUGGCUCUAACUUCUGAUAGAGAGGUCUUCUCCUUUGGUCAUAACGAUUUCGGGCAGUUGGGACUGGGACACAAUUAUUGCCAAACUCUCCCAAUAAAAUUGGACUUGCCUGCGGCUGGGAGAGUUGUGACAUCCGUCGCUUGUCUCUAUUUAUCAUCUGUAGCACUCCUAGACUCAGGAGAGGUGUUUGCGUGGGGGAGUAAUGCAUUUGGCAUUUUGGGACAAAGUGAAAACCAGGUCGAGAAGCAAAACAUUCCUCGCAAAGUGCCCGGCUUGGAUGACGGCAUAAAAAUUACAAGAAUUGUUAGUGGCCAAAAUCAUGUCCUUGCUUUGUCCAACGAUGGAAAAGUCUAUUCUUGGGGAUGGAACAAAUAUGGACUGCUUGGAAAUGGAACCAGGGAAAAUUCAUACCAACCAACUUUGCUAUUUGGAAAUAUUGGCAGGAUUAGAGACGUGGCUGCUCAUUUCGAAAGUGAUGUUAGUGCUGUGGUAACAGAAGCAGAUGAUGUAUACAUUUGGGGUUACUUACAUGGCCGAAACAUUAUGAGCCCAGCAGAAACCUCAAUCACAUCUCUGGACGAGGUUUAUGCGAAAAUUCCAAAUGGGGCAUUAACAUUCCGACCGUUGCGUCCUAAACUUGAUGAGCCUAUCGAAGACAAGAAAACUACAAACAAAAGUUAUGAAUGGCUCAAGAAGUCUUUUAAUCGAGCCGAAACAGCUGACGUUGUUUUCGUUGUCGAGGGAAAGAAAAUCCACGCGCACAAAACAAUUCUGAUAAUGCAAUGCGCUGUUUUCGAGACGAUGUUCCUGGGCGAUUGGGAGGAGAGCCACGAAAGGGAGCAAAUCAUCGAGGAUCACAGCUACGAUGUAUUUUACGCCUUCUUGAGAUAUUUCUACACCAACGAGGUUGAUUUGCAGCCAGAUUUGGCUCUCGAGCUAUUUGACUUGGCCCACUUUUAUGUCAUGACUGAUCUGCAAAAGGACUGCUUGAAAAUUUUCAAAAGAGGCGUGACCGUGGAAAAUGCAGCGUGGAUUUACGAUCAAGCAAUUCAACUGGAUGUUGAGGUUCCUAUUUAA